ACAGAGCGCUCUGGAAAAGUUGCAGCAGAUGACGGCAGAGGUGAAGCAGGCUCCCUUCUCGCAGCCCCCUCCUCUUCCUCCCUCCUCCUCCUCCUCCUCCUCCUCCUCCUCCUCCUCCUCCUCCUCCUCCUCCUCCUCCUCCUCCGCAGCGCAGAGCAGCGGCGGCAGCGGCGGCGGCGGCAGCAGCCACCCGAUGUCCUCAGUCCCAGAGAAGGCGCAGCAACACGGCGGCCACAGCAGCGGCGGCGGAGGCGGCGGCGGUGGCUCAGCCAUGGACCCCGCCUCGUCCACCACCUCAAAGGCCAAGAAGACGAACGCGGGGAUCCGGCGGCCGGAGAAGCCGCCCUACUCCUACAUCGCACUCAUCGUCAUGGCUAUCCAGAGCUCGCCCACCAAGCGGCUGACGCUCAGCGAAAUCUACCAGUUCCUCCAAAGCCGCUUUCCCUUCUUCCGAGGUUCCUAUCAGGGCUGGAAGAACUCAGUGCGCCACAACCUCUCGCUUAACGAGUGUUUCAUCAAGCUGCCCAAGGGACUGGGCCGCCCGGGCAAGGGCCACUACUGGACCAUCGAUCCAGCCAGCGAGUUCAUGUUCGAGGAGGGCUCCUUUCGCCGGCGGCCCCGCGGCUUCCGAAGGAAGUGCCAGGCGCUCAAGCCCAUGUACAGCAUGAUGAACGGGCUAGGCUUCAACCACCUCCCCGACACCUACAGCUUCCAGGGCUCAGCUGGGGCCAUCUCCUGCCCUCCCAACAGCCUGGCCCUGGAAGGCGGCAUCGGCAUGAUGAACGGCCACUUGCCGGGCAACGUGGACGGCCUGGGCCUGCCGGGCCACUCGGUGCCCCACCUGCCCGCCAACGGCGGUCACUCCUACAUGGGCAGCUGCGCCGGCUCGGCUGGCGCCGAAUACCCGCAUCCCGAGGGUUCCGUGUCCGCCUCCCCGCUGCUGGCCAGCGGCGGGGUCAUGGAACCUCACUCUGUGUACUCGGGCUCCGCCUCCGCUUGGCCGCCCUCGGCCUCCGCAGCGGCGCUCAACAGCGGUGCCUCCUACAUUAAGCAGCAGCCCUUGUCCCCCUGCAACCCCGCCGCCAAUCCCCUGUCGUCCAGCCUCCCCACGCACUCCCUGGAGCAGCCCUAUCUGCACCAGAACAGCCACAACCCUGCCGAGCUACAAGGAAUCCCCCGGUAUCACUCUCAGUCUCCAAGCAUGUGUGAUCGAAAGGAGUUCGUCUUUUCUUUCAACGCUAUGGCCUCCUCCUCGAUGCAUUCAGCGAGUAGCGGGUCUUAUUAUCAUCAACAAGUGACCUACCAGGACAUCAAGCCCUGUGUUAUGUGAUGGCUGGGCGGGCAGCCCUGCGGCGACGCCCAAGGCGCCCCCUCCCCCCUCACGGGGCGAAGGGACCUCUAAAAACUGAAGACAAAAAAAGAAACUGAUGAAUUCUUGAGGUAUAAGCCAGCGGCGGCAGGAGACGAAAAGUUGGGCCUUUGGGGCCAACAGGGAGAGGAAAUCCGAAGGGAGUGUGUGUGUGCACCAGGUCAGUCGGUGAAAGCAGUUCCCAACGCCUGCCCUUCAUCCCCACCUCCGCCCCAGGCGCCAAUGUUCAUUUCUAGUGUAGACUGGGACCUAGGCUUGACCACCAGGAUUUGAGAAUGAGGUUCAGAUCUUUGGGGAGCGAACCAGUUCCGCGGGAUCCGGAUGGCACGGUGCUGAAUUUGGGGAACCACCGAAAGAGACGAGGAAAAAUCUCCGAAUAAGUUUGAUUUUGUUUAACCCCCUCUCUUCCUCCAGGGACUUGAAUCGGGCGAGGAAGGGCGGCGGGGUGGGGAGGGUGGGGACUUGGGAAAUCCAGUCAUUAUCAAAGACUUCUUCUGUCGGUUUGAAUAUUUAUCUUCUUCUUGUUGAUGUUGAAAGAAUGUCUUAGAAAGAGGGUCUUCUCGGAACACCGCGUCAGGCGGGGUCCAGAGAUUGCUCUGUCCUCGCCCUUCCUUAGCCGGGAUUCUCUUCAGAUCAACCCAGAGUGGAACUUCUAGACGAACUCUAUUUUCCCAAACCACUCUCUGCUUUAAACAUUUUAGACUUAAAUUAAACUCAACCCCAACCCAAAUUACAGCGAGCCAAAGAAGCGAGUCCGUCCCCCGUGUUAGACUUCCCCUCUGCUCUGCUCCCCCAUCAGUCGGUGUGACCUUUUCCGCACCAUCCGUGGGCCUCUUUGGUUUCCACCCUCACCAAACGACUCCUUUCCGAUCUCUACUGUAAACUUUCUGGUCCAAGACUGAGCUUUGGGCUCUGGAGGCUGAAAAGCAGCGGUUGGCUAGGAUUUAAGAGAGAAGCUACUAAUUCCAAAGUGGAUUCAGGAUCGCCGGGACACAGAAAGAUUAAGGCACUUUUAAAAAAAAUAGCAAGGCUCAUCCUGUUAUUUAUUCUACUUUUUUUCCUAAUAAUCAAAACACCACGUCGGCUCCGUGGAUCAGUAUUAAAUGGUGUGUACCUCGUUGGCAAUAUUUGCCGUGUAGAUUUUUUUUUUUAGCUAUCCAUUGUAAAUUUGAAACAAAGUCGGAUCUGUGUAAAGACAAAUUUCCAUAUGUUUUAUAUAAAUAUAUAUAUAAUGAAGGACUAUCCCCCCCCCUUUUUUUGUAUGUUGGCUGCACGGGACAGCGUUUGUGACACCCAUUUUAAGCUUUCUUCUGCACUGUAUAAAAUCGUAAUUAAUGACGUGCCCCCCUUGUGUACCUUUUUCCAGAAAAAAAGAACAAAAAUAAAAACAUGUAUAGCAUUUGUACAUGGUCUUCACACUUGUAUGAACCAUAAAUAAAACACCACGAGUAUUU